AUGGCGCCGACAGCGCAGCUCACUCGCACAGCGCUCCACGCGUGGCAGCCCGCGCACUCGAACGACCCGCUCCUCCUCACCGCAACCGUCUCGGGCGCACUCGACCCCUCGUUCUCGACAGACUCGCUCAUCGAACUAUGGACCCCCUUCUCAGACUCGAACAACCCACGCGCCACCGCCCGCUCGAACGCACGCUUCAACACCGUCCAGUGGGGCACGGGCAGGGGCAUCCACGGCCUCGACGCGGACAACGGGCUCGGCGUCGUCGCGGCCGGAAUGGAGGACGGUCAGGUCGGGCUGUGGGACCCGGCGAGGAUGCUCGACGCGCAGAACGGACAAGACCCUCUCAUCCUCUCGCUUCCCUCGCCUCACUCCGGUCCAGUCCGCGGCCUCGACUUUGGAAAGGCCCAGGGUAACUUGCUUGCGACGGGCGCGACGGGGGGAGAGAUCUUCAUCUACGAUCUCAACUCCCCUCAAACGCCCUUCUCACCCGGCACCCGCUCGCGCUCACUCGACAGCAUCACCUCACUCUCCUGGAACCCCUCCGUCGCACACAUCCUCGCCUCAUCUUCCAACUCAGGCGCGACAGUCGUCUGGGAUUUGAAGACCAAGAGGGAGGUGACGGCGCUUUCGUAUGCUGGAGGAGGGGCGACGGGGUUGGGACCGGCUGGGUUUGGAGGGAGCGCGGGGAACCCGUUUGGACCGAGCGGGGGUGGGAUGACCGCUGGCCCUGGGGGACUGGGAGGACACAGUGUGGUCAAGUGGCAUCCGGAGAACCCCACGCGCCUUGUGACGGCCAGCGAGGACGACCAUGCGCCCAACUUGCUCGUUUGGGAUUUGAGGAACUGGAAGGAGCCUGAGCGCGUCCUCCGCGGGCACGACAAGGGGAUCCUCUCCGUCUCGUUCUGCCCCUCGGACUCGGACCUCCUCCUCUCGUCCGGCAAAGACGGCCGCACGCUCACCUGGUCUCUCUCCUCCUCGUCCAUCGUUGCCGAAAUCAAGCCCUCGACGAACUGGACCUUCCAAGCGAGUUGGUGUCCGCGCAACCCAGGCUUCGUCGCGACUUCCUCGCUCGAUGGGGUCGUGGCGGUCCAAGGGUUGCAAGCGACCAACGUCUCGGAGCAAGAGGAGCAGAACGCUGCGGCGGCGGCGUCUGGAGCAGGCGGCGCAGACAGCCUCUUCGAGCAGGCUAUCUCCGCAAACGUUGCGAACCACCCGACCGUCUCGCUCGCGCUCGCACCGAAAUGGCUCAAGCGCCCUUCGUCCGUCGCGUUCGGAUUCGGAGGCCGCCUUGUGCGGAUCUCGCAUGAGUCGAAUGGUUCGAGGGUGAGCGUCGAGAAGGUCGUGACGGUUGAAGAGGUGGUUGAGCGCGCGGAGAGGCUCGAACGCGCUGCGACGGGCUUGGAGGAGGGUGGGUUGGCCAAGUUUUGCGACGAUCGGGUUGCGGGUGAGGGAGGAGAUGGAGCGAGUAUGACCGAGGCGGAGAAGGAGAGUUGGGCGCUCCUCAAGACUCUCUUCCAUGCUUCCGCUGGAUCGGGAUCGGGAACUGGCGCGGGACCGACGAACCGCGAGACGCUCGUCGAGUUACUCGGCGGACAGUGGUUCGAUCGCGCCGACCUCAAAGUCCGAGUCGACGAGGCGCUCAAGGUCCUCAAGGCUCGUUUGCCGCCUCUCCCGAACGCUGCGCCCGGAUCGCCAGAGGACGAACGCUCGACUUCGUCUGACCAGACCACUACGACGAAGGGCAUCUUUGGUGCGGGAACGACGACGGCCGCGUCGAGUGACUCGGUCGCCGAUAGCGAGAUCACCGAGCCUUCGCUCUUCGGGAACGAUAACGCCGCGGCCGAGUCGAACGGCGCGGGAGGGUUGUUCGACAGCAGCCAGCAGCCGAAUGGGGACGACUUUUUCGCGACCCUCGGCCAGCAGCAGCAGCAGCAAGGACCGGCGGGCCAGACGCUCUCGGCUGUCCCGAGCCACCUUCGUCAAGGACAGGAGGCGAGUUCGAUUGCUGCGACGAUUGGAAGCGGCGCAUCGAGCGUCGCGAGCCUUAACCUCAAGUCUGCGACGUUUCGGCUCUACAAGGACGCGGCGGACUCGUCCAGCGUCAAUGGCGACGACGACCUCGACCCGGAGCGUCUCGUCACGCAGUCGCUCGUUCUCGGCGACUUUGCCUCGGCAGUCGACCUCGCCCUCUCGUCCGAACGCUACGCCGACGCGCUCCUCUUCGCCCUCCAAUCCGGCUCGUCCGACCUCCUCGCCUCGGCGCAGAAGGCCUACUUCGCCCGCUGCGCAACCGACAAGCCUUACCUCCGCGUCCUCGAGAGCGUCGUGCAGAACGACCUGGUCGAUGUCGUUCAGAACGUCGACCUUGCCGACUGGCGCGAGGCGUUUGUCGUUGCUUGCACGUAUGCGCCGACGGAAGACGAGUUUGGUCGACUGGUUGAGCAGCUUGGACAGCGCCUCGAGUACCAGUUCGAGCUUGUCAAGGGCCGACAGGGAGGCGCGGCAGAGGCCGGCGAGUGGAGGAAGAACGCCGUCUUGUGCUACCUCGCCGCUGGCAGGCUCGAGAAGGUCGUCGGCGUCUGGGUGCAGCAGAUGCAGGAGGACGAGACCGCCCGCUUGCCCGACGCCGAGUCCGCCUCCGCGACGAGCCGCUUCGAGGCGCACGCGCGCGCCCUCCAGUCCUUCAUCGAAAAGGUCCAGGUUUUCCAGCACGCCGUCGGCUACCGCGACACCGACCUCCUCCAGCCGACGCAGUCCGCCGCCGUCGCCGAGUCAGGCGCGCGCAGCUACAAGCUUGCGGCGCUGUACGAGCGCUACAUCGAGUACGCCGACCUCCUCGCGCACCAGGGCAAGGUCCAGCUCGCCCUCAAGUAUGUCGCCAUGACGCCUGCCGACUUUGAGGGCACCAUGACGCGGCUUAGCGAGACGGCGAUGAAGCGCGACAGGUUGAUGCGGGCUGGCGCGGCGUACCAGCAGCAACAGCAGCAGCAGGCGCGCGGUGGCGCUUACGGUCGGCCUGGAGCGUACGGACAGGCAUCGACUUCGGCAUACGGCCAGCAGCGUGCGAACCCGCUCUCGGCUUCGACUCGCUCGGCUUACAACCCGUACGGCACCCCGGCUGCACUCGCCACGGCGCCCGCGAACGCCUACAACCCCUACGGCGCACCUGCGGCACCCUCGACCGGCUACUCGCAGCCUCCGCCGUCGGUUCCCUCGGUCACCUCGCCUGUUCGUAACCCCUACGCCGCAGCUCCGCCGAUGUCGAACCCGCUCGACGACCCGUACGCGCCUGCGCCUGGCCAGGCCGCGCCGCCUGCAGCGAAUCCGUACGCGCCGAAGCCGAGCGCAGCCGUCGCUCCUCCGCCCGCGAUCGGCGCUGCUGCGACGCCUGCCGGCAACGCUGCCUUCGCACCUGCAUUCCCGAACCAAUCGGCUGGCAUGCACGACCCGUACGCGCCGUCGAACACCAACCCCGGCGCCGGCCUACCCGCCCCUCCUCAGCUUCGGACUGAGUCGCCCAACUUUGCCGCUCGCAACCCUCCUCCUGCCGCGAAUGUCCCGCCUCCUCCUCGCGCCAAGCCCGAAGGCGGCUGGAACGACGCACCGAACCUUCCUGGCCUUGGCGACCGCAAGAAGUCGGGAACGCCUGGACCAGGCGCUUUGAGCGCUGCUGCCGCCGCGCCUAAGGUCCCGGCCAUCACCAGCCCUUUCCCAAACUCGAGCCCGAAUGCGACGCCUGGUCCGUACGGUGGCUUGCCGGGAGGAGCUGUUCCGCCUCCGCCUCCGAGUCGAGGUGCGAACAGGACGCCUGCACCCGGUGGAGCUGCACCUCCUCCCCCUCCGAUGGCAGGUCCGCGCUACGCCCAACCGCCGCCUCCGCCUCCCAUGACCGGCACCGCACCGCCGCCUCAGCAGCAGGCCAACCGCAUGUUCUCGCCUCCGCCUCCCUCGUCGCAGGCGCCCUCGCCUUAUGCUCCUCCUCCUCCCGCUUCUCUCGGCACCGCGGUGAACGGCCUUGCGUCGUCAACUUCGUCCAUCUCUGCUCCGCCUCCGCCUCCUCCGGCGAUGCGAAGCGGACCCGUCUACGCCGCGCCACCGCCUCGAAGCGGGACGCCGGGCGCGCCUCCUCCGCCUCGCGCCGGUGCAGGAGCCGCGCCUCCUCCUCCCCGCGGUGCAGCAAUGACGCCUCCUCCCCCUCCUCAAGGCGCCGGCUUCCCUCGUCCGCCUUCGGCUGGCGGGAUGCGCGCGCCUAUGCAGCCCUUCUCGGCAGCUGGUGCGCCGCCGAUGCCGCCUAUGCCUUCCGGCCCGCAGUACGCGCGUCCGCCUCCGCCUCCUACUGCAUCCGGUCAGCAAGCGCCGCCUCCCCCGCCGCCAAGCGCUGGCCAGGGUGCGCCCAACGGCUCGAUGCCUCCCCCUCCUCCGCCCUCGGCUCAGCAGAACCAGGCUCAACAGCGGCCUCCGCCGCCUAGCGGACCUCAGUUCGCGCCGCCUCCUCCUCAAGCGGGUCAGCAGCAGCAGCAGCGUCCUCCGCCUCCCCCUUCGUCUGCUGCGCCGAACGGUCCGCCUCAACAGUCGCCGAAGCCGCCUCAGCCGCAGCAGAUGGCUCCUCCUCCGCCAAUGGCAGGCCACGCGACGCCCCCUUCGGCACCAAACUCGUCGCCCGCGCCGCCGCCUCCGCGCUCUGAGCCGCCGAAGAUGAAGUACCCUCCCGGCGACCGCAGCCAUAUCGCGCCGCAGUUCAAGUCCAUCGUUGACAUCCUGACGCAAGAGCUCGGCCGGCUGAGGCAGAAUACUCCUCCUCAGCAGACCAAGAUUGUCAACGACACAGAGAAGCGCCUCAAUAUCCUGUUCGACCUGCUCAACAACGAGUUGCUGACGGAGGCGUCCGCCAAGCGGGUGCUCGACGUCUGCCAGGCCAUCCAAGCGCGCAACCAGCACGCCGCGCUGGACCUGCACUUCCAGAUGCUCACGAGCGGAACGCAAGACGUCGCUCCCUUCCAGGCGGCGCUCAAGCUCCUCGUGCAGCGGAUGGGUCCGCCUUCGCAGUAG